AUGGCCGAGGUUAACAGUACAUACGUAUCAAUUUUGAAUAGGUAUCGUGUACAGAUUUCUGAGACUGCAAACUACCGCAAGCAUCUGAAAAAGCUACUUAGUGAACGCCUUCCGAGUGUGCAGUUUGUUAAAUCCCUGUGCAAAAAUGAGCCAGAUAGGAUCGUUCUUCCAAGAGCAGUUAGCAAAGGAAUAGAACUUCGGUGCUCGCUAAUGGAUAACAGCGAAACGAUUGGUCGCUUGAAGAACAUAGCAGACAUUCUACAUAAAGAGAUGAUUCAACACAGAAAAAUUGGUCGUUCAACAGCAAUUUUGAAGAAUUCCAGAACCCUCCACUCCUUCUGUUUUUUCUCAGUCAUCUCCUCUUUAGUCGCCAUGUUCUCAAAGCUUCAGGAAUUCGCAAUGAAGAGAUGGAUAAAACUGUUGAUGUUGCUUGCCAGUUUCUUAUCCAGAAUUCUCGAAGCGAUCGCCAGGUGAAACAUUGGCCAAAGAAAAGCUCUGGUUUUCUGCAGACUGUUCAGACACCCCUCUCGCCGGUUUUCACUCCGGUUUUCUGCAGACUGUUCAGACACCGACACUGCCUCUUGUCAUUCAUUCUAGGGUACGUGACAAGAGCCUUAUCGACAACCUAUCAGAGGUGUACAUUGGGAGUGACUACAAGAAGAUACUCGAACUCGAAAAGCAUGUUGAGCAAAGCGUUCUGCAGCGGAUGAAAGAGACUGGUGGAUUUUGUCAAGAAAGGAGUUAACAUCUGGUUCGCAGUAGAUAACAUUGAUCUCUUGGAAGACACGCCAACUGGCCAGAAUACGUUCCACGGCACAGUGAUCGUACUCAAUCAGCAGGCAGAAGAUGGAGAACCUGUCAACCCACCGCUUGUUCUCCCAGACAAGCUCCUCUCACCGGCACCAGUGUUUCACAUCAAUUAUCUGCAAGAGCAAAUAAUCAAAACUAAGCAUAUGAUGUCUGCUUGUUUGGUAAGUGAAAGAAUCUAAUUUCUAAUGACUUCCAUCACACUUGGGCGCUUGCUAACUAUUUUGGUACUGAUGACGACGACGAUGAAACCCCGGAGAGCCGACAUGUGGAGAAUGAAGAGGAACAGGUGAAUGAAGAGGAACAGCAGAUAAUUGAAGAUCAAGAAGGUGAAGUCGAUAGGGAAACGGCAAGAAAUUUAAGUGACUCUAUUCUCUCUGUGAAGGAGCCAAUCCGUAAGAGCAAGAAGUUAGCAAAGGAAGUUAUGCCAACUUGGGCUGCUACUAAAUCUCUGCUGCUAUCACAUACCUCCCCAAAAUGUGUCGUGACCAAUUCAGAAGUAAUUUCUCCACUUUUCAAGACCUCUCCCACAGAUUAUACAACCCUGCACACCGUACUGAUGUUGACACAGGGAAUAUCUGCUUGGGUUGGUCCUGAGAGAAAAACUCUGAUAACACUUGACCUAGACCUUUACAACCGUGCCCUCCAGAUUCAGCAGACAGUGGGUAACACUAACUGGAUCCUUCGAGCAGGCAUUCUUCACAUUGUGUUCGCUGCACUACAUGCCCUUGGUAAAACGAUCUACGGUAGUGGCAUCGACACCUGUGCUAUCAAAUGUGGCAUAUACACAUCUGCAGCUCUUCAUGGGAUAUACCGUGGCAAGGCAUACAAACGAAGUGUUGAGUACCACAUUACAACCAGCUUGGCAAUCAUGAUGAUGAGGUUUGACACAAUUUUUUCGGCACCAUCUAACUGAAAAUCUCUGUGUCCAAUGUGGUGUGUUCAAGACAGCUCUCCACGAACGCAGUCCAGAAAUGAUAGAGAUCUACGACAACAUACAGUCAUGGUACUCAGCAAAUAUAAAACCACAUGAAGAUAAAGAAGACAACGGAGAUUUUGCUCAGUUUCUCAUGCAGUACCUUGAGCAGGUGAACAGUCUCUUACACAUUAUCAAUGCUUGCCGCUCAGGUGAUUGGGAAGGUUACUUGGCUGUGUUAGAAAAUGUCAUCAAGUAA